AUGGCCCCAUACGCUCGUUACGUACCGCCCAAGCCUGCUGCGCUGGUCGCAGCCGAUACCACGGCCGAUCUGGAUGUUUCUGUCCCUCCACAACAAAAGCCAGUCAAGGUGCCCAAGGGCCCAUCACGGUCCGACGACAAUGGCAGAAAAAAGAGAAAGCGUCCAGACAUAGACAAUCCGCCCACCACCACUACCACCGCCCAUGUCAACAAUGACGACGAGGCCUCCGCCAUUCCAAGCAAACACAGUGCCGUCUAUUCAAAAUUUCAAAAGGCUGCCCAACGAUCCGAGGCUGCUAGGGCCGCUGCGCCCAACGACAAUGUCGACUUGGCCGACCAGCCCGAGCUGCAUGACUUGAUCCCGCUGCCACAACCUGAGCGUGCCCCGACUCCUGACUUUGUGCCCUCUUUCUCUUCGCUGCCGCAAUGGCUCGCCCAGCCCAUCGUCGUCUCUCAGUCCACCACACGUCCUUUCAGUGACCUUUCCUUGUCAAAGAAGACUCUGGCCCACCUCGAGGUAAGAGGCUACACGACUGCUUUUGCCGUUCAAGCUGCUCUGCUUCCUCUCCUCCUCCCGCACCCCUAUCUCACCCAUCUUCCCCCGAACGAUGUCUGUGUCAGCGCCCCGACUGGUAGUGGCAAGACGUUGGCAUAUGUUCUUCCCAUCGUCGAGAACCUGCGUACAAGACUCGAUACGAAACUGCGCGCUGUGAUUGUAGUACCGACCAGAGAACUCGUUGCCCAGGCAUCUGCCGUAGUGUCCACUUGCGCCCAGGGCUCGGCCAUACAGAUCGCUUUGGCCGUCGGCAACCAAUCUGUUGCCGCCGAACAAGAAUCGUUGAUCAAAAAGGGUCGAACAUAUGACCCCGAGCGCCAUCGUGCGCUCAUGGAAAAGGCCAGGAAACGCCAGUGCUUUGAGCUGGACUUGGAUCUGACUGAUAUUGAGGCUACCAUGCUCGACGACGUCGUUCGUCUGCCAAAUGGCUACGUCCCAACUUACAACUCAGCUGCCGACCUUCUGAUUUGCACUCCUGGUCGCUUAGUCGAGCAUCUAACUGCCACGGCUGGGUUCACACUAGAUCAUGUCGAGUGGCUGGUCGUUGACGAAGCCGAUCGUCUACUGGACCAAAGUUUCCAAGAGUGGGUAGCAAAGGUUACCGCCGCCUUGGAUACCCCAAAACCUCUAUCUACACCAAGUCCCGAGACCGCUGCUUUGCGCCAUCUUAUGCCACGUCGCGAUAGAUACGUGAGAAAGGUCAUAUUGAGUGCCACCAUGACCCGAGAUAUAUCCAAGUUGAGUGCUCUCAAAUUGCGACGGCCGACCAUGAUUGUGGUCAAGACAGAAGCUGAGGCUACGCUCGACAAUGAGGCGACCGUAGCAAUUGGUGCACAAGACUUUGAACUGCCUACGACACUUUCAGAAUUCGCGGUUCCUGUUGGUGAUGGUUCUGACAAGCCGCUUUUCCUCCUCGAACUUCUCCGGUCCAAGAUUUUCCCUGGAUCGACAUCAAGGCCGAAAAAGGGCGAAGAGGACAGCUCCGAUAGCGAUAGCAGGAUGUCAACAUCUUCAAACCCACCCAAAGUAGCGAACGGACCGGCCACGAAGACAACCGAAAACAGUAUGGUUCUGAUUUUCACACCCAGCACUGAGGCAGCAGCUCGUCUGCACCAUCUUCUCACGCACAUCGAACCAUCAUACAAGGCCACAACUUUACUCCUCACCAAAUCAUCCACGAACUUCAACUUCAACACCUCAUCUCCUCGUAUCAUAAUCUCGACUGAUCGUGCCUCUCGUGGUCUAGAUUUACCGUUGCUCACCCACGUCAUAAACUACACUAUUCCGCGCAGUCUGGCAUCCUAUGUACAUCGCGUAGGCCGUACGGCGAGAGCGGGUCGAAGCGGCGAGGCUUGGACACUGUUCGCCGAGAACGAAGGUCGUUGGUUCUGGAAUGAGAUUGCCAGAGCCACGGGCAUAAACAGAAGCACAAAGGUUGAAAGAAUAAAUAUGAAGCUUGCUACCGAGCAGAAAGAAGGUGGAGAGAUGCGUAAUAGAUACGUUGAUGCUCUUGAAGGUAUGAAGGCAAUCGUAACCAGCAAGAAUACGAAGCCUAGUAAGGGCAAAAGCAGGAUGGGCGACGAUGUGGAAAUGAAUGGCUAG